CCGGAAACUCGAGCUCACUCGAGUUUGCUAGUGUGUGGUAGUGUCGUCUGCUUCUUUUCGUUUCUUAAUUGCUAGGCUUAUUGAGAACUAUUUGUCAAGAUGUACGACGCGGAUGAGGAUAUGCAAUAUGAUGAAGAUGAUGAUGAAAUCACUCCAGAUUUGUGGCAAGAAGCUUGCUGGAUUGUUAUUAGUUCUUAUUUUGAUGAGAAAGGUUUGGUCCGACAACAACUGGAUUCUUUUGAUGAGUUCAUUCAGAUGUCUGUGCAGAGAAUUGUGGAGGAUGCCCCACCUAUAGAUUUACAAGCUGAAGCUCAGCAUGCUACUGGAGAGGUUGAAGAACCGCCUCGAUAUCUGCUGAAGUUUGAACAGAUUUAUCUCUCCAAGCCUACUCACUGGGAAAGAGAUGGGGCUCCUUCACCUAUGAUGCCAAAUGAAGCCAGAUUGAGGAAUCUCACGUAUUCCGCUCCUCUUUAUGUGGAUAUCACGAAAACAGUUAUUAAAGAGGGAGAAGAACAGCUUCAGACACAGCAUCAAAAAACAUUUAUAGGAAAAAUUCCAAUUAUGCUUCGUUCAACAUACUGCCUGCUAAAUGGUUUAACUGACCGUGAUCUCUGUGAAUUAAAUGAAUGCCCUCUUGAUCCUGGUGGCUAUUUCAUUAUUAAUGGAUCAGAAAAGGUUUUAAUUGCCCAAGAAAAAAUGGCAACAAAUACAGUAUAUGUGUUUGCCAAAAAAGAUUCCAAAUAUGCAUAUACAGGAGAAUGUAGGUCAUGUCUGGAGAAUUCUUCCCGACCCACAAGUACUAUAUGGGUUAGCAUGCUUGCAAGAGGAGGACAGGGUGCAAAGAAGAGCGCAAUUGGUCAGCGUAUUGUAGCUACUUUACCAUACAUCAAGCAAGAAGUUCCCAUUAUCAUUGUGUUUCGAGCAUUAGGUUUUGUGUCUGACAGAGACAUCUUAGAACAUAUUAUUUAUGAUUUUGAAGAUCCAGAGAUGAUGGAAAUGGUCAAACCUUCUUUGGAUGAAGCUUUUGUCAUCCAGGAGCAGAAUGUUGCACUCAAUUUUAUUGGCUCAAGAGGAGCAAAGCCUGGUGUUACUAAGGAGAAAAGAAUUAAAUAUGCUAAAGAAGUUUUACAAAAAGAAAUGCUUCCUCACGUUGGCGUCAGUGACUUUUGUGAAACAAAAAAAGCCUAUUUCCUAGGGUAUAUGGUACAUAGAUUACUUCUGGCUGCCCUGGGAAGAAGGGAACUGGAUGACAGAGAUCACUAUGGAAACAAGAGGCUGGAUCUGGCUGGGCCGCUGCUUGCAUUUCUGUUUAGAGGCAUGUUUAAGAAUUUACUUAAAGAAGUGAGGAUAUAUGCACAGAAAUUUAUUGAUAGAGGCAAGGACUUCAACUUGGAGUUGGCAAUUAAAACAAGGAUCAUAUCAGAUGGCUUAAAAUAUUCUUUAGCUACUGGGAACUGGGGCGAUCAAAAGAAGGCUCACCAGGCUAGAGCGGGAGUAUCUCAGGUAUUAAACCGUCUGACCUUUGCAUCUACUCUUUCUCACCUGCGUCGUUUGAACUCGCCCAUUGGUAGAGACGGUAAAUUAGCAAAGCCAAGACAGUUGCAUAAUACAUUGUGGGGAAUGGUGUGUCCUGCUGAGACUCCAGAGGGCCAUGCAGUAGGACUUGUGAAGAAUUUAGCCCUGAUGGCUUAUAUUUCUGUCGGAUCUCAACCUUCUCCAAUUCUGGAGUUUUUGGAAGAAUGGAGUAUGGAAAAUCUAGAAGAAAUUUCUCCAGCUGCUAUUGCUGAUGCAACCAAGAUUUUUGUUAAUGGCUGCUGGGUUGGAAUACAUAAAGAUCCUGAACAGCUUAUGAAUACCCUAAGGAAAUUGCGACGCCAGAUGGAUAUCAUUGUCUCUGAAGUUUCUAUGAUCAGAGAUAUUCGAGAGAGAGAGAUUCGGAUAUAUACAGAUGCAGGCCGAAUUUGCAGACCACUUUUAAUCGUUGAAAAACAGAAGCUACUUUUGAAGAAGAGGCACAUUGAUCAGUUAAAAGAACGUGAAUAUAACAAUUACAGUUGGCAAGAUCUUGUGGCCAGUGGAGUGGUGGAAUAUAUUGAUACCCUUGAAGAAGAAACUGUGAUGCUUGCCAUGACUCCAGAUGACUUACAGGAGAAGGGAGUUGCUUAUUGUUCUACUUAUACCCACUGUGAAAUUCACCCAUCAAUGAUCCUUGGUGUGUGUGCAUCUAUUAUUCCUUUUCCUGAUCACAAUCAGUCUCCUAGAAACACAUAUCAAUCUGCUAUGGGUAAACAGGCGAUGGGUGUUUAUAUUACCAACUUCCACGUUCGUAUGGACACAUUAGCUCACGUGCUCUAUUAUCCCCAAAAGCCUCUUGUGACUACACGGUCCAUGGAGUAUCUGCGGUUUAGAGAGUUGCCAGCAGGUAUCAACUCGAUUGUGGCUAUUGCAUCAUACACUGGAUAUAAUCAAGAAGAUUCUGUUAUCAUGAACCGCUCUGCUGUUGAUAGAGGUUUUUUCAGGUCAGUUUUUUAUCGAUCUUACAAAGAACAGGAAUCUAAGAAAGGAUUUGACCAAGAAGAGGUAUUUGAAAAACCAACACGUGAAACAUGCCAGGGUAUGAGGCAUGCUAUCUAUGACAAGUUGGAUGAUGACGGUUUGAUAGCUCCUGGUGUCCGUGUAUCAGGAGAUGACGUUAUUAUUGGCAAAACAGUAACUCUGCCUGAAAAUGAAGAUGAACUGGAGAGCACAAAUAGGCGUUACACCAAGAGAGACUGUAGCACUUUCCUCAGAACUAGUGAGACUGGUAUUGUGGACCAAGUGAUGGUAACCUUAAACCAGGAAGGAUAUAAAUUUUGCAAAAUAAGGGUACGUUCUGUUAGAAUCCCACAGAUUGGAGACAAAUUUGCCAGUCGGCAUGGUCAAAAGGGUACUUGUGGUAUCCAGUACAGGCAAGAGGAUAUGCCUUUCACCUGUGAGGGUAUCACCCCUGAUAUCAUCAUAAACCCCCAUGCCAUUCCUUCUCGUAUGACUAUUGGUCACUUGAUUGAAUGUCUUCAAGGGAAGGUAUCAGCUAAUAAAGGUGAAAUUGGUGAUGCCACACCAUUUAAUGAUGCUGUCAACGUGCAGAAGAUUUCUAAUCUGUUAUCUGAUUAUGGUUACCAUCUCAGAGGAAAUGAGGUCCUGUACAAUGGAUUUACUGGUCGAAAAAUCACAUCUCAAAUUUUUAUUGGUCCCACUUAUUACCAGCGUUUGAAGCAUAUGGUGGAUGAUAAGAUUCAUUCUCGUGCCAGAGGGCCUAUUCAGAUCCUUAACAGACAACCCAUGGAGGGUAGAUCUCGUGAUGGUGGCCUGCGUUUUGGAGAAAUGGAACGAGAUUGUCAGAUUGCUCAUGGUGCAGCCCAGUUUCUAAGGGAAAGAUUAUUUGAAGCAUCAGAUCCAUAUCAAGUUCACGUAUGCAAUCUUUGUGGAAUAAUGGCAAUAGCUAACACCAGGACACAUACAUACGAGUGCAGAGGCUGUCGUAAUAAAACUCAGAUUUCUUUGGUUCGAAUGCCCUAUGCUUGUAAACUCCUUUUCCAGGAAUUGAUGUCUAUGAGCAUUGCACCUCGAAUGAUGAGUGUUUAGAAAUUAAAAAAAAAAUUUCAAGUAAAUGUAAGCUAAAUCAUUUGUGAAUACCACCAUGCUGUGAUUUGGUUCUACAAUGCAGCAUGGUUUAGCAGAAGUGGUAUGUACUGAGGAAAAAAAUCAAGCCUCUUAUAUACAGUACUGUAAGUGCAGAGUUUUGUUUAAUGACACUUUUUUUUUGUAAAUAGAGAAUAAAGUUUUGUAGUUAGA